UAUGCCGCGGUGCAUGCCGGGAAGAGAAUAGCAUUCAAUAUGGCGACUUCCACAGGAAAAGAUGGAAAAGCUGUCUGUAGCUCGGGUGUGGAUCUAUUACUGCACCCUGAGCUGUUGUCUCACGAGUUCAUGCAGCUAAUCUUACGUGAGAAACAUGUCAGUACCAGAGAAUGUGAAAGCCGGGACCGGCUCACAGAGCUUUACCUUCGGCAUGUCAUCCCGCUGCCGCAGAGGACUUUACCCGACAGUCGCUGGGGAAAGAGGAUGGAGAAGAUCCGAGGGAGGCACACAGCGGCCGGUCACAGUUCAGACAGUAACGACCAUAAUAGGAAAAGGCCUCUGAUUGUGUUUGACGGCAGUUCCUCUCACUCCGGCCCAUUAAAAGUAAAGAAACCAGAAGGAACCGCCUUGUCAACGGGAAUCACUGACAGGUUAAAACCUCCUCCUGCUGCAAACUGGUGCAGCCCCGCCCCUAAGCUGUCUGGAGACACGUCUUCCUCUUCCUCUUCCUCAUCCAUUCAUUGCAGCACCGACACAGCAGACCUCAAACGGGAAGCAAACGGCUCGGGUGCAAUGAAGUCUCCAGAUUUGAAGAAAAAGAUCCACCAUGUGACGUGGCCCUGACCUCUAACCUCUAUACACACGGACCUGAUUGCAGCUCGGGCUCUGAAGGACAGACCGCUCCCCUCCCACCGAAUGUUGUUUCCCAGUAUCUGUGCUCUCCCCAUCCAAGUUAUCCAACUAAAUGUACCACAGAAGGGAUGAAACCCCUUAAACCUGUGUGUCUACGCCACCUCACAGCUCUCUGUCUGCCAUGAGCUGACGGGAUGGUUCUCCGAGGAUCCUGCUUUUAAAGUCACAAGCUUCCUUGUAGCUUUCCACAACCUCAAGUGCCCUUACCAUAGAUGAUCAGCGACUCUCCUCGUGUCCUACACGGAGAGCUUCUCGAGGACAAAACAAGUAACACGACUUUUGUUUUCUGAAAUGCCAUUUAUGGAAAUGAUGGUUGUUGAUGUUCUGUUUCUGUGCACAAGUUGGUUUUGUUCAGAGGGCCUCCAGUACUGAGUUGCGAAGGUGACAGGGUGCUUUUCCUGUCUAGGUUUUGUUUAAAAUGUUGUAAGUGGUAGUACCAUGACUUGAAUGGACAGAUUAUCUUUGAAACAAAUGAUUUAGGCUCUCAUAGUUUGAGAUUGUGACUGAUGGACAUAUCUAAGAUUCAUUGUUAACACUUUUUAAGGCAGUGCAAAACAAUAGUGUGUUUGAAGCGAUAGUAGGUGUCUUUUCUUUUCUUCUCAAUGAACUCCAUUCCACUGAUGUUUGGCCUCAGUUGUUCAGGGUUUUUAAAUAUGAGUAUCUUGUUAUUGUGCAUUUUUUUUUUUCAGGCUGGAUCAUAGUCCAUGGUUAAACAGCCAUUUUGACACAGAGGAAGCAAGUAACCUUUAUUCAUGUACUUGAAUAUCAUCUUAAAAUAGACUAAACCAGGAAUAUUGUUAUUUUGGAAGUAUGUAUUCUGAAUUGUGUAUAGAUUGACUCAGUUACUUUCUUUGAAACGGAUGUAGACAGAGUUCAUCAAAAAGAUUUACAAAGCAUUUUAAAUCCAUUGUGAAAUCCAGUGUCAUGUUUGUAUCGAUGCUUUUUAAAAUAAAUUGUCUCAAUACAA